AUGGCAGGCGCACUACAAGCCGUUGUCGCGAAACUCGGCUCUUUCAACUUUCUCUCACCACGAGGAAUCGCAAUUAUACUGGGCACCACUCUCCUUUUCCAAAUCCUCAGAAGCCUCGCCCUCAUAAUCUAUAACCUGUAUUUCCACCCUCUGGCCAAAUAUCCCGGCCCAAAGCUAUGGAUCGCCUUUGGCUUUACCCGCACCCUGCGCCACAUGCGCGGCGACCUCGACUUGCAGAUGGCGGAGGAACACCGCAAGCACGGCGAAGUCAUACGGCACGGUGUGAAUGAGCUAUCAUUUAUCCAUCCCAGUGCGUGGAAGGACAUUUACGGACACGGCCACGCGGAGCUGCGCAAGUAUUUUCCGCCAAACUCGGUGAAUCCGAAUCAAGUCAUUGCAGCGGACGCGAGCAACCACUUCCGUAUGCGCAGGGCCAUGUUGCCUGCGUUUUCGGAAAAGGCAUUGGCGCAGCAGGAGAGGUUGGUUAGGGUGUAUAUUGACCUGCUCAUGCAGCGUCUCUCCGAGUGCGGCGCGGCUUCUUCUGCUGCUGGUGGCAAGACGGCCGACAUGGCGCGUUGGUACAAUCUCACAACGUUCGAUCUCAUCGCCGAUCUCUGUUUCGGCAAGUCGCUAGAUGGUCUGGAGACGGGCCGGUCGAAUGCGUGGAUCGAGAAGAUUGAUCGCAUGUUACGGAUUAUGCCUGUUUUGGUCCUGGCGACGUCGUUCCCCUUGUUGAUGAGUCUGUUCAAUCUGGUGCUAGGAAAUAAGAUGCAGCAGUCGAGGAAGGAGCAUCAGGAGUAUGCUGCAUCGCUCGCCAUGAGCCGUAUCAAGGGGAAAGAACAGGCUGAUCGAGGGGACUUCAUGGACUUCAUUUUGCGCUCCCGCGGCGAGGAACACGAGUUGACGGAUGAGGAGCUGGUGCAUAAUGCGGAUUUACUCAUGGUUGCGGGCUCGGAGACGACGGCUACGGUGCUUCUGGGGGUCACGUACUACCUCUUGAAGAACCCGGCGACAUACAAGAAGGUGACGGAGGAGGUCCGCAGUGCUUUUGAUAAGGCUGAAGACAUCAACUUUAAGGAGGUCAACGCACGCUGUCCGUAUAUGUUGGCUUGUUUGAAUGAAGCGAUGCGUAUUUUUCCGUCGAUUCCUUUGGCAUUAUUGCGGAUCACAAACGACGGUCCGCCAACCCCUGUUGCUGGACACUUGAUCCCUCCCGAGGUAAAGUUUACACCCUCCCGGCUACUUCUCACUUAA